AUGUCGACGUUCAAUGGCCUUGUCAAGGAAUUCCCCAGUAUUAGAAUCGACUACUUCCGGCAUCAUCCAGGAAGGCCGCCACCUGCUGCCUAUUUUCUCAGCCAUGUCCAUAGUGAUCACCUACUUGGGUUGGAGUCGGUCAAAAUGCCCUUUGUAUAUUGUUCGGCGACCACCAAGCGUAUUCUGCUGAACAUGGAAAAGUAUCCCCACCGGAUCAAUUUUGCAAAGGGCAUCCUCGAGGCUCGGAAACAACACUAUCGUCAUCUGAAGACCGUUCUCAGACCACUGCCGAUGAACACGGCUACUACACUUGAGCUUGGGCCAAAACUAAUCGUUCGGGUGACAUUGCUGGAUGCCAAUCAUUGUCCUGGCGCGGUCAUGUUCUUGAUUGAAGGCGAUGGCAAGGCCAUACUUUACACGGGAGACAUCAGGGCUGAAUCGUGGUGGGUGAAUUCGAUUGUGCAAAACCCCGUUCUCCUGCCGUAUGCUUGCGGCCUGAAAUGUCUUGAUUGUAUCUAUCUCGACACCACGUUUGCCACGCGCGAUGAACCAUAUAGUGACUUCCCGACGAAAGCCGAAGGGCUGAGAGAGCUUCUCGGGAAAGUGAUGCAAUGCCCACCAGACACGGUAUUCUACUUUCGGGCCUGGACAUUGGGCUACGAAAAAGUCUGGAUUGCUCUAUCCAACAUUUUGCAAUCCCGCAUCCAUGUAGACGAAUAUCAACUCCGGCUAUUUAGCAAUGGAGCCGAAGAUACUGGCAGUAACGACAGUGCUGCACUGACCGGCUUCACCGUCGGCAACAGUCUGCUCCCAGGUUGUCUCAGUCGGGAUAACACGGCCAGAAUUCAUAGCUGUGAACCCGGAUUGGAGUGUCACUCUGAGAUCAAACGGAUGAAAAACACCAAGUGGAUAACUCCGAUCAUUUCGAGACUCAAGGAUGGAACCGAGAUCAGGGAACUUGGGGCUGGAGGCGGUGCGAGAGAUCUCUAUCCCACCUCCGAGUUGAAGGUGGAGGAUCAGGCAUCCGUACAGCAGCUUCUGGGCCUCUUUGCAUCUUCUGCAGAUGACAAAACGGCGAAGUUGAACAUGUCUCGAGCACUUGGCUAUCUCAAAGCAACAGGAGAUCUAUCCCUCGCUCUUGAAGGACUAGAGGAGUUGGAACUUGAUCAGAAUGGCCAGAUACAGCUGAAGGAUUUUGUGCCCUUCUUAGCCAACAGAUACGGGAAGAUGGAUGCUUCAACUCCAAGGCACAUGCACUUCAAUCCAGAGCCAAACCCCCAAGUCGAGGCAACUGACACCAUACGCUUUCCAUAUUCUCGCCAUUCCUCAUAUAACGAGCUUCGUGAUUUUGUUGGGCUGUUCCGACCUAGGGAUAUCUGCCCCUGCACGGUCUGUCCAGAGACUUGGACGGAAGAACUCAGCAUACAGUCACUUUUUGGAGACCUCUGCUCGGAGCAGACAUUCUACUUUGAUCGAGAGACUAGAGAAGAAGUCGAAAAGCUGAGGGAGCGAGAGGGCCCUACGAGUGCUCGCGGUAAAAGGAAGAGAGGCGAUGACGAUGGUCAGAAGAGGGAGUCCCGGGACACUGACCAUGAGGAGUGCAUGAAUGUGGGCGAGCGAAUGGAGAUCCUUGUACCCUCUAAGCAGCCCACUGACCUCAGAGAUGCCGAGCUAGGUCGAGAGAGCUCCAACCAGGCAAAGUGUGACCUGAGCUCCAGCGGCAUUCCCAUAGAACAAGCGACAUUUCACCAAGAUCAAGAGAACGUUGACAGGGAUCCGUUCGAGGACGACUCUGAUAGUGAAGCCUUGUCCCCCUCGGUAUUUGAUAGUCAACCAGGAGACCAGUUGAGUCUAUCGGAUACAAAUGUCGAAGAGCAGUCAUCGCGACUUCCGAGGGCUCAGUAUGAGCGUGAAAGUUCGUAUCACAUGAGCAACCGCCUCAGCGGCACAACACGCAACCCAAAUCUCAGGCGAGAGAGGUUUCGGGCGUACAAGGCUGCAAAAAGGUGCCUGUCACACAAUGACAGCUCGGACUGGGAUGCGCUGUCUCUGAGAAGCGUGGGACAUGUUGGACACGGCAUUGAGGAGAUGGAGCUGUGA